AUGUGCGUCACCUUCGGUGUCUCAGGAAACCCAGCAAAUCCAACAAAUCCUAAACCAGACACGACACGUCAAGUGUCACAUAAAGUCACUUGCGCCAAUGGCGGGGUGCAGAUAACUAAAGGCGAUAUAACAGCUUGGUGUUUAAAAAUGGGUGGACAAGGACCCCGUGCCUCUGAAUUCAAAUGUGUCAAGAAUCGUCCAGUCUGUGCCAAAGGCACGGUUUUACAUCACAAAAAUGCUAAAAAGCACCCCUGCACCGCCAAAGGAGGAAAAUCAAGGGCAGAUGACCGGAAAAAGUUCCCAUUACAAUGUGCUUGA